AGUUGGACCUUGCAAAGAACGUCAGAGCGCCGCCAGACCUUACAAGCACUUUGCAAGGGCCAUCUGGAGACAUCAUUGACUUGGGGAUCUGAAGGCCUGAAAUCUCCAGCUGCUGACGCGAUGGUGCCGCUUAUUAAUCAUUCAUCAGUCCAGAGCCUUUCCACUUAAUGGAUGUGCCGCGCUGGGCUCUAGCCUCUUGGCCUCUCCUCUCCACUCUCCAGUGUGCCCAGGACCCCCGGAGCUGCAAGAGAGACAGCGCUCAAGCAAGCUGCCGCUGGGUGAUGCUCCCGGCGGCCUCAGUCGGAGCCGCGCUCGCCACAGCUGCUGCGCUCUGCCGGGUGGCGCCAGGCGGCGGUGAGCUGUGAGCUUGGAGCCUUGAGCCUAGGGAGGGCGCAGACAGCAAGGGCGCAAGGUGAGCGCCCCAGCCGGCAGCCGCACCGGCCCACUUCAGCUGGGAUGUUCCCCAAUGGCACCGCCUCCUCUCCCUCCUCUUCUCCAAGCCCCAGCCCAGGCAGCUGCGGGGAAGGAGCCUGCAGCAGGGGUCCGGGGUCCGGCGCUGCGGACGGCAUGGAAGAGCCUGGACGAAACGCUUCCCAGAAUGGGACCUUAAGCGAGGGACAGGGUAGCGCCAUUCUCAUCUCUUUCAUCUACUCCGUGGUAUGCUUGGUGGGACUGUGUGGGAACUCUAUGGUCAUCUAUGUGAUCCUGCGCUACGCCAAGAUGAAGACCGCUACCAACAUCUACAUUCUAAACCUGGCUAUUGCUGAUGAGCUGCUCAUGCUCAGCGUGCCCUUUCUGGUCACUUCCACGCUGUUGCGCCACUGGCCCUUCGGCGCGCUACUUUGCCGCCUGGUGCUCAGCGUGGAUGCGGUCAACAUGUUCACCAGCAUCUACUGUCUGACUGUGCUUAGUGUGGACCGCUAUGUGGCUGUGGUGCACCCGAUCAAGGCAGCGCGCUACCGUCGGCCCACUGUGGCCAAAGUAGUGAACCUGGGCGUGUGGGUCCUGUCAUUACUGGUUAUCUUGCCCAUCGUGGUCUUCUCACGCACCGCAGCCAACAGCGAUGGCACGGUAGCCUGCAACAUGCUCAUGCCCGAGCCCGCCCAGCGCUGGUUGGUGGGCUUCGUCUUAUACACAUUUCUCAUGGGCUUCCUGCUGCCUGUCGGGGCCAUUUGCCUGUGUUAUGUGCUCAUCAUUGCCAAGAUGCGCAUGGUGGCCCUCAAGGCUGGCUGGCAGCAGCGCAAGCGCUCAGAGCGCAAGAUCACUCUAAUGGUGAUGAUGGUGGUGAUGGUUUUUGUCAUCUGCUGGAUGCCUUUCUACGUGGUACAGCUGGUCAACGUGUUCGCCGAGCAAGACGACGCCACCGUGAGCCAGUUGUCUGUCAUCCUGGGCUAUGCCAACAGCUGUGCCAACCCCAUCCUCUACGGCUUCCUGUCGGACAACUUCAAGCGCUCUUUCCAGCGCAUCCUGUGCCUCAGCUGGAUGGAUAACGCUGCGGAGGAACCAGUCGACUACUAUGCCACUGCCCUGAAGAGUCGAGCCUACAGCGUGGAGGACUUCCAGCCCGAGAAUCUGGAGUCUGGAGGCGUUUUCCGUAAUGGCACCUGCGCUUCCAGGAUCAGCACGCUUUGAGGCCGGGCACUGCCGGGAGGGGGGGAGUGGUCAGAAAGAUGGAGCUGGGAAGCGGGUGGGAGGGAAUGGUAACCCGACACCAGGUGCUGAAGUCAUAGUGCAUGACAGCGAUGCAGCGCGCCUGGUUAGCUGGACCAAAGAAAGCUGUGUGACUAAGGUAAAAGGGAGAGAUUUAUGGAUUAACUGUGACUGCUUUCGGGGCAUCUGGUAGUCUGAGCAACUCUGUUCUCCAAACCCGAUAAUUUGCAUCCUCCCUCCCAGUUCUACUAGUACAAACUGCAAACUUAAUGUCGCCAACUCAUUUCUGCUUCUUUAAGCUGAGCCAAGGUUACCAUCAUGUGUUUCCUUUGGGCUGAGUCCGUCCCCCCCCCCCCCCCCCCGCCCCUGCGCUGAACCCUGUUCCGCUGCGCAGGUCAGCGGGCCAGACUCUUUUCAGAGUGGCUACAAGACAGUCCCUAAUCACCGCUCUCCUUUCGCAGAGCCUUACUGUCAAGGAAGCCCAGCUCGAGGAUGUCUAGGCAACUUGUCUUUUCUACUCUCAGAGAAGGAAGGCACAUUUUCCCUUGGGCCCUUCCUCUGCUCCACUCCAUCCCGAGCAGAGCUAGGCGCUUAAGAAAAAGUUCUGUGCCCUGAUCUCCAGUCUUGGUAUAGUACCACACAUAUGCUUCUUUGGAGCAAAAAAAAAAAAAAAAAGGAGCUAAGAGGGAGCAGAAGGGCAAGUUUGUAAGAUUCCUGGGUUGUGGGUGUAGAUACCAUAGAAACCACUCUCCCACAGAGCUCAGGACCUGAGCACUAAGCUCAAAAGUCCCAGCUAGGGGAGCUCCCCGCUGGUGAAUAGCUUAGGCACCCAGGUGGGUGAACCUGAAUUGCAAAGCACUUCCUCUUGGAGUCCUCCCUAGCAUAACAAAAGAUUGGGUUGCCUGCACCAGUACAAGUUCGGAGUCCAGCUCACGCUCCAGUGACAAAUCGCCGAGCCUCUGCCAAAGCUGGGUGGGCUGCUUCAGCUUGUCUGAUCCCUAAAGUUUUCUGCCUUUCAAACGGUGCCUAAUAAGUUAUUUCUUGUUCGACAUAUUUAUUUAUUUAUUUGUGGUGUUGAAAAAAAAAAAGUGUACUUCCACUUUCUUUUUCUGUAUUUGCCUAACAGGGCUGCUCUUGGGAAUCCUGGGGGCGUGGCGGUGUGGGAGGGAGCUGGGAGCGAAGAAAAGUUCUCUCCUGGCCCCAAGAGCCCCUCAGAAGUUUCCCUCUCUUAGCCUUUUCUCAAUCCUUCUUGGUUUUGCUUGUGCCCAGUGAAGUUUGGAGAUUUUAAAAUAAUUUUUUUUAACUGUAGGUUUUUGUCUCGUUAAAAUAAAUGAAUGGCAAUGUGGGUUAACUUUUGUCGGUGCGGAGUGAAAGGCCUGAAAGCCUGGCAUCCCAGGAAACAUAGAACACGCCUCACCAUCUGUGAUGUGUGUGUGUAUGUGUGCUGCUAUGCACAAGUCACAUGUACAUCCUAUAUAGGUAUAUGUACACACAUGUAUAAGGAUAGAUUUGUUAAUCUUGACAUACUGUCACUAGUCCAUGAAACAGUUUUAAGGACACCCACAAAGUGACAAGUGUGACCUGAGCUGUAGUAUUCAAACUGAGAAAUGUCAGAGACUCCAGUCACUGCUGAAGACAUUGCUGCCUUUUUCUGUCCCCGGUGACAAAGGUGACGCUUACUUAUACCCAGUAAGGGCAGUCACCUCUGUCGAGGAAUGGAAGUGAAACAAUUCUGCAUUUCCUGACUACUGUGGAUCCCUGAGCAGGGCGAGGACCCAGCUUUUCUCACCUUCACAUUUGCUGUCCAAUUGAGUAUGCUGCUUUGUAUAUAGGGGUCACUGAAAGGAUAUCUUGCUUGGUUGUUUAAGGAAGCCAGUGCAUAUCAGUGGAACAAUGAACCUGGGGUUCGCAAGUUCACACUGACCUGACAUACAAUGCUUGGAUGCACUAUUGAAAAAUAUGUUUUCUGUAUAUUUGCUUCAAGAUUUCUAAAAACAGUAACUCAGAGUUGAACUGUCUCAUAUGUUUUGUUUAAAUAAAUGAACAAAUAUGCUUUUGAUCAUAAGUGAAAAAGUUUAGAUCUUUUCCUAAGAAUAGUAUAUAUAUACUUUUCUGUUAAGUAGAUUUUUUAAUUGUUAAGAAGAGUGAACUUUAUAAACUGAAAUCUCCAUCAUUAUCAUCUCAACAGGAUAAAAAUGUAGUGUUCUUAACCUGUAAUCGUAACUGAAUAAACAGAUGUGUUACACUGUU